GGGACAGAGAAAAAUAGUUAGAGUUGCGGAAGCUCAGAGCGGAUCUUCAGCCACGUUUAAACAAGAACUCCUACCACUUCGCAACUCAUCGUGUCUCCUUAGCUUACGCUCAAUCGAAGAGCAACAGUGUCCCUGUGUUUCUUCUUUCUUAUCCUCUUUGAUCCUAGCCAACCAUGCAUCGAUCGCCUUUUGUUCCGCAACCCGCGCAGUCUCCUCCGCUUCACCAUCCAGUGCCGCAGCAUGUCUCGACUGUGCCGAUGAUGCGCUCACCACCUCUCCCAGUCCAACCUCAGACAUCAAGCUAUGGCAAUCCAUAUCAACCGUCACCAGCACAAGGUGGCAGUGGGACAUUUGCUCCGGGGUUCGGUGGUUUCAUCAACGACCCGGCAGCACAAAUGGGAUUUCAAGUUGGCAAGAAUGCGAUGAUGGCUGGACAAGAGUAUAUGGAACAGAAUUUCAACCGCUACGUAUCUAUACCAGCGCUCAAACAUUACUUCAACGUUUCCAACUCCUACGUCCUGAAUAAACUCGCCCUCGUUCUUUUCCCCUGGCGUCACAAGCCGUGGUCUCGACAGCAGGCGCGUCUUACUGCGACCUCCGCUGGGCCUAAUGGCCAGUUAAUGCAGCAGCAAUACUCGUCCAUGUUCCUCCCCCCUCGCGAUGACCUCAAUUCACCGGAUAUGUACAUUCCCGUCAUGGCCCUGGUUACGUACAUCCUUCUCUCCGCGAUGCUCGCAGGUUUCCGUGGAAAUUUCCACCCGGAGCUUCUGGGUUCUAUAACUACGACCGCUAUUGCGGUCAUCGUUUUCGAGAUUAUAUGUUUGAAGAUGGCGAUGUACAUCCUCAGCAUCAGCAAUGACUCGCAAUUACUCGACCUAGUUGCUUACUCUGGCUAUAAAUUUGUGGGGAUCAUCGUCACCCUGGUGGCCUCGGAGAUCUUGACUCCGGGAAGGGGAACUGGUGGUUGGGUCGGUUGGACAGUGUUCACCUAUACUUUCCUUGCGAAUGCUUUCUUUCUGCUUCGUUCCUUAAAGUAUGUCCUACUACCUGAUUCUAGCAGCGAUGUGUCCAUGCGCGGUGGAUCCAUGCAGACCGUCGCACGUUCACAGCGCAACCGUCGGACGCAGUUUCUCUUCAUCUACUCGUAUAUCAUCCAGUUUAUCUUCAUGUGGGUUCUCAGCUGUGAAGAGGCUUUGCCAGCUGCAGGGGCUGCGUCUUCAUAAAAGGCAUUUAUAUAUGUGGACUUAGACGGAUCUUGUGGGAAGGAUACAUGAUACACGGGGCGAAUGGCAGUUCGUUUGAGCGAAUUGAUAUGGAAUGUCUAAAAUUACAUAGCGUCUUUUUGCUUUCUACUCCUUUUAAUUUUUCCUAUCUUAUGCAAAUGUUGUCACAUAGCGACGAACUUUGAUCAACUUCGAGUACAUGAAUUCUUUUAUUAUCACUAGCUGUUUUCAUGAGUCCUAUGAAUUGGCAGUGCUUCGCAUUGACUAGUCAAAUUAACUGCGAGGAAGUUAGACACAAAUCAAAUUCAACCAGAACAUGAGUAAUAGUAUCUGUGCGAAAACGAAGGUCCUCAGAGAUCUUGGUGUAAAGGGUAAUAUCAUCGCCAAUGGCGUCAAUUACUAUCUAGGCGUGAUAGUGUAUAAUCAUCGGACCGGGAAGGGACUUUAAAAGAGAGAUCUCGAACAUACCUGGCAGAUCGCUGAAAGGAGUCGAGGAUGAAGAAAAAGCAGCAAGUAACCUAGGACAGUCUUCAAUGGAUUAGUCCCAAUUGCAUUGCUUAUAUGGAGAACGACAAAGUUGACAACGACAGAUUUCAGAGAAAUUAAGAUUUUAAUAUCAUGCGGCAGUGCUGUAUUGAAAACCCCGGCGAGGGCUUCACAGACACUGCGUCAAUCGCAAAUUACCACAUCAUGAGAUGUCAGGGUUGAGAGGAGAGUAUUAGGACUUACCAGUACUCACAUCAGUUAGUAAGAGGAACUGGUGAUAAUGAAUAGCUCGAAUAGGAUAACAUUAUAUCCUAUAGACAGGGGCGUUCAAG